AUGAGCGGGAGUGCGGGGCCAUCUCCAACCAGUCUUUCGCGUUCUGCGACUACUCUAGGACCUUCAACGUCCUCAUUCCCUCAGCCAAAACCCCAGCGACACGUCGUCUCCACGACGAAGAAAACGACUUCGUCGAUGCCGCGGCCACUGCACCUUGCGUUGGGAUCUGUCGUCGGUUCCUCAAGUUCAGCCACGACACCGGGUUCAAUUUCGCCGUCACCUUCUCCCAGCUCUCACUCGGCGACGCAGAACGGCCAUAGUUCAGGCGGUGGCGAUAACACGCUAUUCGUAGAACCAGGUACAUUCGCUCCAUCCGGCACUUCGCGAGCACCAUCACCGUUACCCCUCAGUCCCAACACUGCUAACGUGAAACGGAGCUCCACCAGCUCUUCCACCAAACUCUCGAAGGCUUCCAAGCGGUCGUCUAUCUCGUAUCUACCACCGGAUGGGCCAUCACAAACACAGCGAGAGCGAGCGUCGGUUGAUGGGUUGUUACGCACACCAUUAUCGUCUACGACGUCAUUUUUUGGGGAUGCAGGAAGGGAUGUAGGUGCUGGGUUGACGAGGAGCAGUUCGCUUGGAAGAGGGUUGAGGACGCCUAGGAGUCCUGCUUUUCCAGAGAGAGGAACUCAGGGUACCAAAGAGGCUAGUCUGGCGCCCCCUAGCCAUCUGAAGGAUAGGCCGCCAGUGACAUUAGCAGAGAAGCAUGCUGAACUACUGCACUUCAUUGCCCAAAAGGAAUCCAAGUGCCUUGAGCUACGGUCACAACUCGCCGUACAUGAAGCUGAACUUCUGCAAUUAAAACGUAAAUGGGAGCGCAUUGUGAACCGCGGUUUUGAAAGGUCGCAGUCAUUGGCGUCAACACCAUCUUCAUCUAACCUCCCGACAUCAACAUCCUCAUUGCUAUCUAGCUCAGCAUCACCCAAUACUCUGUCACACAAUACCUCUGGAGGAUCGUCAACUGCGUCUCCUUCGUAUUUCAAUGGAUUAGCACCUGCGGCCAACGUACCCGGCGCAGUUGUGCUUGAAGGCAUAAAGGGAGGCGUACAGGGCAUGAGCAGGCUCAUCGCCGCGGGUCUGGAAUCCAUAGUACACGUCAAUGGGCCCGCUACACCAACCACCCCACUAUCGGCUCGCUCAGACGCGUUAUCCAGCGGACAUGCGGCUAGCACACCCCUCCGUGCACCCGUUGAUGGUGCCCCUGCAUCUAAACACUGGGCAAAGGUAGAUGCGAAUAUCACGCGUACACAUGGGCAUGGGCAGAAGGAAUCGCAGUCUUCAUCAUCCACGACGACUUCGGCAGCUUCCAGCGCGACAUUUGCCAGCACAUCGACGAGAAUUUCUACAACUUCGACCGCAGCGAGUGUGAGUGGCUCGUCAACCUCGGGCGACACGACUCGCAAGCCCGAUGCUACUGGGACUACUACUUCUUCCGCCGCUGCCUCUGUGAUAUCGGAUGUUGACAGCGAAUUUGGCGACUUUGAAGACGGAAAGCAGCGAAGUCUGUCUCCAGAGCAAGAACAGGAUGUGCUCAUGGUCUACGAUACUGGCGCGACACCUACAAUGAGCCCCAAUCCGCACUUCAGGAGGAAAAGACCCGCGGAACAUAUCCAUGUUGAGAAAUUGGUUUUGCCGCCCACAGACGCGCAGUUUCUUGCCAGCGGUGCUGGCAGCGCGGAUAAGGAUAAGGAGAUGGAGGACUUUGAUUGGGAUGACGGGUGGGACGAGCCCGCUAGCGAGGCGCAGGCGAGGGAUAGUGCUUCUGUGUCUUCUAGUUUACGGGAUACUGCUCCAGAGGCGAGUCCGAGGACUGAAAGUGCAGCAUCUGUGGUUACUUCGCCUGCUCCUGCGGUAGGAGCGCUGAAUACAGCUACGCCCACGACGCAGCAGAUGUCUUAUUGGGUUGGAAGUGUUGGCAAGAAAUGGGAUGAAUUAAAAGGGAGCAAUACAUUCACGAAAAGUCAAAAACGCGCGUCGCUGCUUCUCUCUGACAUGCAGAACACCAUUGUCUCUGCGCUGACUUCGCCGCCCACAUCAACCAAGCCGCUUUUCGGAGACGGCUCUUAUACCAAAUCGCCCCAAAUGCAGUCGCCCAACCCUGGCUCACCAGCGACUUUCUCAUCAAAUGCGUCGCAAUCGACGCUGCUAUCACCCCGCAUCCCUACCUCUGCACAACCUCGACCGCGGUCCGCUACGUCUCUGCUCGACGACUCUGAUGAAGAACUCGGCUCCGAUGUUGGUGCGAAUCAGUUGCGCGCCAAGUUGAAUUCGAGGAUGAUGGCGCCUGUCAUGGUGCCGGAUUCGCUUUCGCCUACUGCUGCCUCGCAGAGUAAGCAGGUUUCGAAGGUGAAAGUGACGACGAAGAAGAGCGCUGUGACUCCGGCCCCGCCGAAGGAUGAUGAGGAUGAGUGGAAUUGGUGA